ACAACUAACAACAAUCAACAUGUCAGCCGACGAAGAUACGGAAUUGAGAGAUUUGGUUGCUCAAACAUUGGAAAACAAUGGUGUCCUGGGAAAAAUAAGAGCUCAGUUGAGAGCAAGUGUCUUUCUUGCUCUAGAAGAACAGGAAUCCAUUGAAAAUGGAGCACCACUUAUCAAUCAUGAUCUUAAAAAAUUUAUUUCAACUAAAGAAGGUGUUCUCACAUUAUCCUUAGUACGCGAGUUCCUUCAAUACUUCAAUUUAGAUUUCACCUUGGCUGUGUUUGAUCCAGAAACUAAUAUUGGUAGCAACUAUGAAAGUAGAGACACUCUAGCAAGAGAAGUCAACGUAGUCGAUUCUGAGAAAACUCAAGACAAACCUCUAUUAUAUUAUCUUAUGAAAAAAGGAAUAUCAGCUGACAAUAAAGGAAGGCGAAAAAUCAGCUCAACAUCAGAGGACGAUGAGCAGGAUUUGACAAGUAAGCAAGUUGUGGAUGCCAGACAAAAAUUUGAGCAGUAUGACAAGGAUGACAACGGUAUGAUAGAUAAAGAUGAACUCAGAGGACUCUUCUUAGAUAUUUUUCCUCACUUUCAUAAAAACAUGUUAGAUCGAUAUGUCAAUGAUGAAUUCAGAUCUGUGGACAAAGACUUCAGCAGUGGAAUUGAUUUUGAAGAAUUUUUAGCAAUGUACAGACGUUUAUUUGUGUUAUGUAAAGGUGUGGUAGCCCAUGAUGUAUCGGAUAUUGUACAAACUUCACCCAGACUUAAACAUUCACCCAGGAGAGAGAAAUCCCCAGAGAAUGGUAAGAAGAAAAAGGAGAAAGCGUCAAAUCAAAGCAGUCCCAAAACUUCAAAUGGAAUACAAAGAAAUGACAGUUUAGAAGAUGCAUUCUUUGAUGAACCACUCCCAGAUAACAGUAAAAAUGUCUUCUCAAAAGGCAGGUCUUCACCUCCGAAGAGUCCACCUUCUAAACAGGCAGGCUUAACUUCAUUGUCAGGAGCGCCACCUCUCAGCAGCAGUGGUCUCGGUUCACUCAAAGAUGCACCACCUCUGCCUGGAGUUGCGAGUCCUAAAGAGGGUGUUAAGCACUCAGAGUUACAGAGUCUUGACAAAGAUUUAGAAAGCAUAGAUAAAUUAGCGGGCUAUACAUCACCGGGCAUCACACCCAGGGAUGAUAACCCACCAACUGAUGACUAUGAAGAUGACUUUCAAAGCAGUAGUAGUUCUCAUGACAGCCAAACCCAGCCAAGCCAAAGCCAACCUGAAGGACUGUCUGGAAUAACAGAACCUACUUACAGUAUGACUGAGGAGAUUGAAGAAGACAUUGAUGAUGAUUUUCUUGUUAGCAGUAAUGAUAAGUUUGAUGAGCUUACUACUGACCGAAGCAUAUCUCAACUCAGUCAAAGUGGUCAUGGAUUUGACUAUGCAGAGGAAGCACAGUUGACACUGUCACCUUAA